GGUGUUCCAUGCCUACAACAAAAAAAACUAUUAUCCAACCUAACCGAUCCGGGUUCAGGUUCAGUGAUGAUCUUUUGCGAUCGAACAGCGUCAUUAUAUCCACACCACAUAGUAAACAAACGCAGUAAGUGCAGUUUGCAUAAUACACCCAUCGUCUGCCACAAGCAACAGCCUUGGACUUGCUGCAUUUCAAGCACCCGGUACAACGAUUCCACAAUCAUCCACACGUCUCUUGGCAAUUGAUGGCUUUUAGAGAAAAUAGCACCAACACCAGCGACCGAUUUCGCUUUCGCGAACGCCAGAUGCAUUGCGAUCGACACUGCAGUUGCGUUCGCUGCAUUUAGUUAACGCCGGACAGCCGACGGAGAAACUUACCGGUUACUUAGUGCUAAGGUGCAGCAAGAUAUACGCAUUUAAUCCAGAUGGGAAUAGUUCGUGAAUUGGCGGUGUAAUUAGAGACUUUCGUAGUGUUAACUGAACUUAAAAAAGUUUUACAACUGUUGGAAGUUAUUUUUUCUCUUGACUCUUGACCACACAAUGCGUUGUUUUGCGACAAUCAUUACGGCGUCAGUGCUGAUGGGACUGUUGGUUCUGGUGAAAACAGGAUAUGGGCUCGAUUGUGACUUCUGCUAUGGUGAGGAAGAUUGUUCGCUGGGAAUAGACGUACCGGUGGUGAAAUGUGACGAGGAAUCGGUCCAACUGACCAACAGCAGUCUAGUCAGCUUCAUUCGACUGCUUGGUACCGAUCUGCCUACGAAACACCAUCGGUACGAGUGCAUCCAUGUGCGAGCAAAGUCAGUGAGCGGCCGCGUGUUCCUGUUUACCCGAGGAUGCGUCCACCAGCUGGAAGGAGCAAGACACUUUUGCUCUUUACCACACGCCGCCUUUCAGGGAUCGCUCGAGUGCAUCGCUUGUCAUGGAGAUCGCUGCAAUAAUGUUCCCGUCCCACAGGAUGACGAGAAUGGAUCCAGUGGCAUGGCGCGGAGUUCGUUGAUCUCGCUUACAAUCUGCUCAUUACUUGCAGUUUCGCGGGCCACCUUAACAACCCCGUACAGCUGAUGAAUAAUGAGAAUAAAACAGCUUCAGCCCACCUUAGUUCCAGUACAA